GGCCCCUCAUCCUGUGUAACCACACAGCUUGCUUGAGCAGAUCAACGAAACACUGAAAAUGGGAAAGAUUAUUUUCUAUGAAGAUCGCAAUUUUCAGGGCCACCAUUAUGAAUGCAGCUCUGAGUGUUCAGAUUUGACCAAAUAUUUUCAGCGUUGCAAUUCUAUCCGCGUGGAAAAUGGAAACUGGAUCCUGUAUGAGAACCCUAACCAUAGAGGGCACCAGUAUUACCUUAGGAGGGGAGAAUAUCCCGAUUUCAAUCAAUGGAUGGGGUACAAUGACUCUAUCAGAUCAUGUCGUAUUAGCCCACAGCAUCAUGGUUCAUUCAGAGUGAAGAUCUAUGAUAGAGAAGAUUUCAGAGAUCAUAUGAUGGAGUUCACUGAAGACUGCCCCAAUGUCUAUGACAGAUUCCGUUACAAUGACAUCCACUCCUGCCAGGUACUUGAUGGCUACUGGAUGUUCUAUGAGGAGCCCAACUACAGGGGCCGCCAGUAUUACCUGAGACCUGGAGAGUACAGAAGAUAUACUGACUGGGGUGCCACCAGCCCCAGAAUUGGCUCAUUCAGAAGAAUCCACCAUGUCUAAUGAAUUGUAUUAAUGAGGCAAUCAAAGUGCAAUUUACAAUAUAUUAAAUUAAUUAGAACAUUA